UAAUACAUGAAAGUUAGUUGGAACACAGAAAAAUAAGACAUCAUCGGCUAACUUGGUUCUUAAUUACCCGGAGAGAUUGGGUGGGUAUGAGAUUAUCAUUAUGACGGUAGUAAAGAGAUUGACCGGUGAUAUCAUUCUUAUCGAACCCAACUCCUUCGGAAUUAUUGACUCAGUUUGGAUACUAUACAUGUGACUCAACAUGCUCACUAUAAUUAGACAUAUAGAUCCCAAAUUCUGGAUAUAUAUAUAGAGCUACACUCCUAGAAAGACAAUUUUAAUAUAACAACAACGAAAAGAACAGCAAGAACAUGGCAGAGACUCAAGGAAAGGUCAUCACUUGCAGAGCUGCCGUUGCAUGGGGUCCAAAAGAGCCGCUUGUAAUACAAGAAAUAUGCGUCGAUCCUCCUCAGGAAAUGGAAGUCCGGGUUAAAAUCCUUUACACCUCCAUUUGCCAUACCGAUCUCGGAACUUGGACCGGCGUGAACGAAGCUGAACGAGCAUUUCCGAGGAUUCUUGGGCACGAAGCUGUCGGAGUGGUAGAAAGUGUAGGAGAAGGAGUUAAAGAUGUGAAAGAAGGAGACUAUGUGAUUCCGGCAUUCAAUGGAGAAUGUGGUGAAUGCAGAGUUUGUAAGAAAGAGGUAAGUAAUCUAUGUGAGAGAUAUAAAGUGGAUCCAAUGAAAAGACUGAUGGUUAAUGACGGAGGAACAAGAUUCUCAACAACCACAAACAAGGACGGCGGUUUGAGCCAGAGCCAACGCAUUUAUCACUUCCUUAACACCUCCACGUUCACCGAAUACACGGUCUUGGACUCGGCUUGCGUUGUCAAAAUCGAUCCUAAUGCUCCUCUCAAGCAAAUGAGCCUCUUGAGCUGUGGGGUCUCCACGGGUGUGGGAGCAGCUUGGAACACUGCCAAAGUGAAAGAAGGUACAACCACUGCUGUCUUUGGAUUGGGUUCGGUUGGACUCGCUGUUGCUGAAGGUGCACGAGCAAGAGGAGCUUCUAGGAUCAUUGGUGUUGAUGCCAAUGCUUCCAAAUUUGAGAAAGGUAAAGUGAUGGGAGUAACAGAUUUCAUAAACCCUAAAGACUUAACAAAGCCAGUACAUGAGAGGAUACGAGAGCUGACCAGAGGAGGCGUGGACUAUAGUUUUGAAUGCACAGGAAACGUCGAUGUUCUUCGCGAAGCCUUUUUAUCCACUCACGCCGGUUGGGGAUCGACGGUUCUAGUAGGAAUAUAUGCGACACCAAGAACAUUGCCUCUUCAUCCGAUGGAGCUUUUCGACGGCCGCAAAAUCACUGGUUCUGUAUUUGGCGGGUUCAAGCCCAAAUCUCAGCUACCAAGUUUUGCUCAACAAUGCAUGAAAGGGGUUGUGAAAUUGGAACCUUUUAUCACCAAUGAGCUUCCAUUUGAGAAGAUAAACGAUGCGUUUCAGCUGCUUCGCGAUGGAAAAUCUCUUCGUUGUCUUCUCCAAAUCGCUAAGUUUCUCAAGAAAUAAUUCUACACAUUUCCAAAGUUUUAUUACUCUAUUAUUUACCCAGCAAACACUUCUAUUAUAAAUUAUAUGUAUAUCAUCAGUAGUGCGAUGAUCAACCAUUAUUUGUGCUCAGGGAUUGUUUAAGACUCAAAUGAUCUUGUGAUGUCAUAUAAGUUCUUAUUAUUCAGUCGAUUAUGUCAUACGUUGCAACUACAUGUGGAUGUCUCUUUCUAUUGAAAUAGAAAACGCACAAUCAAUAGUC